CAACCACCUCGGUUGUACUUGAGGUAAAAUAUGGCCAGACUUCAGAUGUUCGUUCAGUUUCUUCUUAUGGUCUUUGCAGAAUCAACACUUGGACUGGACUGCAGUCGACUCACAGUCCAUGAGGGUCCCAGAUCCACUGGCGUCUUCAUGGUGACUGAAGGAGGACAAUACGGCUUCAACUUUACAGAGGCAAUAGCGACCUGUCAAUAUCUAAAUGUCACUAUAGCAACCAAAGCACAGAUAGAACAAGCACUAGCACAUGGCCUGGAGACGUGCAAAUUUGGAUGGAUAGCAGAACAAAUCGCUGUCGUCCCACGAAUGGCAGCUGUUAAAACCUGUGGAAACGACAAAACAGGGGUGGUACCAUGGAACGCGGAACCACAGAAGAAGUUUGGAGUCUACUGCUUCAAUGCAUCAAAUUUAGAGGAAACAAAAAGUUCAACAUCUGUCCCACAAACAGCCACGUCAUCUUCAUCCAUAUUCAUCCAUCUGACACAAAAAUCUACAACACCCAUCAAACCUGUCCUCAGAUCCACAACCGAAGCCCAGUCUGCAACGAUAGCAACGACUGAAAGGACACGUUUCUUUUCAGCCUUUACGUCUACGAUCCAGACAACGCGUACAACUACCACGUCCUUCAGCUCACGUUCUCCUAACACUUUGUCCACCUCUAUGUUGACUCUUCCUCCUCGUGUCAUCACUUCAUUACCUGCUGAUGUCAGUCUCACGUUAACUGCUCACACCUUUGACUCGUCCGUGUCUUCGGCACCGGCCUCCUCUGUGAGCUCUGCACGGCCUCGGUUAGGAGCAUUAUCGAUCGUGCUCAUUGUUCUCUGCAUCAUUGUCCUGAUCCUCACAGCAGGGGGUGCUGCCUCCUACUACAAAUGGAGCUUUUUUUCGUCAUGGCCUCAGGGGCAGCAGAAGGACGACGUGGAGACAGAGAUGUGGAAGCAGACGGGCAGCGAGAUGGACCUACACAUUCAACACGAACAAGAAGAAGAAGAAGAAGAAGCAGACAGGAAGUAUGGCAGCGAUGCUACGCUGUGUAUGAACCCAGACCUCAAAUCAAAGUGCUGAGUUGACUUUCACAUGUUUCUGCAGUUGAAUUUAUAUUCAGCAACACAAGACAAAUGACAAAUACAAUCUAAUGGCCUAAUCCCAGUUCACCCCUUGGCCCUCCCUCUUACCCCUCACUGGUGAUGCCUAUCAUAUCAUUGCAUUUUGUAUUGUACAAGAGACAAGAUAGACAUUGGCAUCAUUUUAUAUAAAAAAAAAGCUCUUGUUGGAAAAUAGCCCCCCUACACUUAAGGGCGACUGUGGCUAAGGAGGAAGAACAGGUUGUCAGAUAACCAGUUUAUAUACAUUUAUACAAUAGAUUUAUAUAUUUUCCACUAGAAAAAAUAUGUAAAGUGAAUAUAUUUUAAUGCACAUUAAUAAAUAUAAACAGAAAUUAUAAACAUCAUUAUGAAUAACUAAGUAAUCUGUUCAUGCUUUGCCUUCACAUGUGAUAUACACUACUGGUCAAAAGUUUUACAACACCCCAAUUUUUCCAGUUUUGUUUUGAAAUUCAAGCACU